AUGGAAAAUGGACGGAAAUCGCUGGUGUUGUAUAGACCUGGGACAAAGUAUGGCAGAGUCACGAAACGAUAUUCGAGGUAUAACCACCGAGGACAUCCUUUGACUAGUCGAUCCUUUACUGAGAAGUCUACGCUAGACUCUAUAUCCAAGCUCAACAUUAACGUUCCCGACGAAGAGUCACCGCAGCCCACCAUUCCCCCAGAUUAUCUCUUGCCUCCAUGGAAAGACAUUACCGCUUUUCUUGAUGAUGCCACCAACGAUUUUGACGUUGGACAGCUCGUUCACCUAAAGUCGUUUUCAUUGUUCGACGCCAUGUGUGCUAUUGAAAUCAUGGAUCCGCGGAUGGACACCGGGAUGAUUGUCCCCGGCUUGCAACCAAUAUCAUUUGACUUUAAGCAGCAUCUAAAAGGCCAACAAGUAAUGUGGGUAAUGGACCGACUUUUGAGUUAUGAGAUGGCAUGGUUAUCAGGACAUGCUUUAUCGCAGACGAUAUAUACCUGUAUCUAUUACCAUCACAUCCGGGAAUUGAGAGAUAUUCCGAUGCCAUCAAAAACAUCGUCAUUGGAAGAAAUCCUCUAUGGUGCUCUGAAAACGUACAUACUAGUCACCGUCAAAUGUUGCUGGUAUGUGUGGACCGAGAUGACGUCGCAGAACAUCUUUGAGGAAGAGGAUUUUACAACCAAUCUUUUUGGACUGUCGCUUUUUGAAGAGCAUGAAGAUGGACUAUUGAUGAAUGAUCUUGAUACGGCGAUCGACCUGUUGGAUCAUGUUAAGCAGGAAUGCAACCCUGAAAUCGUUCAGCAACUGGAUGCAUUAAUAGACCGUAUCAACAUCCGCAAGCAUUAUCUGUUGACUCUCAUUUAUGCAUCGCACCCCAAUGGCGUUUAUUUUGCUCAAGCCCGGACCGCACUAGCUAAUCUUGAAAGCAUCAUGCACAAAAAUGGGCCUGGAUCCAUCACGGCGACCGUGGGCACCGGCGAAGAAGUGAAAGGAGUAUUCGAUCCCAACAUCAAUCGGAAAUUGAUCUCUCAAGCUCCGCCACGACCCAUCACGCUUGAAUCGGACACCAAGUCCUUGGAAUAUUUCCGUCUAUUGCUGAAUAGAUUAGAGACGAUAUGCAAUGUUCAAGAUUUCCCUUCCGUUACAUCACUCACAAACUUUUUCCUCAGCUUUGGUGCUACCCAACCUUAUGCCGAUGCAUUUUCAAGGUCCAAGCUUAGUACCAUCUUCUAUCAGGAUUUGCGCAUAUUUGGCCAGCUACCUGCCAUGAUGGUGCUUCGAGCCGUGACCGAGUUUGCACAACGACAGAGGCUGUGGGAUACUGUCAGUACAUCGAAUCAAUCAAAGUUGGAAGAAGCCAACAAGGCACUUGAUCGGUUCUUGGAUAAAGCAUCUUUGUCGUUUAUCGAUUUUCAUAAAAUUCAAUGCCACAAUCGAUCACGCCAAAGAAGAAUUCUACGCAAAGUGCUUGGUGAAUGGGAGAUGCUACAAGACGAGGGAGCCAUCGUUGAUGAAUUGUAUUAUACCUUGACAGGUGCUCCGCAAGUCUCGUACUAUCUGUGUUCAUGGACAUACCAUCAGAAACUAUUUAUCAUGGAAACCAUCUUAUUUCUGGGUUUUGAGCUUGAACUUUACGGCGUUCAUGAAUAUGUCAUGGUUUACUGGUAUCUGUUGCGGAUACUGGACAGCCAUACGCCGUAUCCCAUGAUCUCGGAAGACGGCACUCAGCAACUGGAGCCUGCUUUACUCCCUUGCCCCAACGCAGUCCAGUAUAUGACUCAGGCCAAGCGAGAAUUAUCUGCUGGUGUAAUGAAGAUUUGCUUGGUGCUGGAAAAGAAAAACCGGUUAUUAUCACGGCCAUUGAGGUUUGACGAUGAACGCACACGCUAUGACCAUCGAUUCAAAAUGUUUGCUCCGCUCUGUAUGCCUCCCCACCCUUCCUACGACAGCUAUCGACACAGUAUCAAUAUAAAAAACCUAACCGUGGAGAAUUUGUUGAAUGCUGCUCGUUUGCAUUUUGAUGCUGCCAAACGCACUCUGAAUAUCCUCAAAAAUGUUCCCGCCAGCGAAACAAACAUGGAAAUGUGUGAAGAUUAUUACCAAAAGCAAAUAACGGAUAUGCUGCGCGUCUGCGUCGCCAAUACGCUGGCCGUUCGGUUCUUGGAAAACGAUAAUCCUGUCGAGAUCAGGUUCAAAUACCACACUUGGUGGCCUGUAUUCGAACGCCAAAUGAAAUGA